AUGCCUUCGUCCAAAAACAUCAAUUCCUAUCUUGAGGAAAUUAAGAAGGAUCAGUCCAAAACCCUUGGAUUGUCAAUUGGCCCGCACAAAGAUGUUGCAACAGGCGCAAAGAUUCCGAAAGCAGACGGACAAAGCCCACCAGAGCUACGCCUCCCUGCCUCUCUGGCUUUCUCUACAGACACCUACAUCAUGAUAGCUAUUGACAUCGACGCUCCAUUCGUGUCCUGGCCCGGUCUCGGCCCCAUCCUGCACUGGGUGCAGCCGGGUUUCAAGCACGACCCAAGUACAGGGGUGUUGACUUCCUCAGAACCAUUCAUUGCCAACUACAUUGGACCAGCGCCGCCGCCACCGAGCUCACCGCAUCGCUACUGCUUUUUCCUGUACAAGCAGCCGGAGUCGCUGGAUGUGAGCAAGUAUGCGCCAAAGGAUGGCAAGAAAGUGGGUAAUUUUGCGCGCAUGUGGUUCGACUUGGAGAAGUAUGAGAAGGAGUUGGGCUUGACAGGGGGAAUUGUGGCGGGGAACUAUUUCUGCGUACUCACCUCGAAACUUGGAACGCAUUAG